UUUUUUUUUUCCUAGAGUUGUGUGUAUAUAGAGCAUCCUGGAGUCCACCAUGAAUGGACAGUUGGACCUAAGUGGGAAGCUAAUUAUCAAAGCUCAACUUGGAGAAGAUAUCCGCCGAAUUCCCAUUCAUAAUGAAGAUAUUACUUAUGAUGAGUUAGUGUUAAUGAUGCAGCGAGUAUUCAGAGGAAAACUUCUGAGUAAUGAUGAAGUUACAAUAAAGUAUAAGGAUGAAGAUGGAGAUCUUAUAACAAUUUUUGAUAGUUCUGACCUUUCCUUUGCAAUUCAGUGUAGUAGAAUACUGAAACUGACAUUGUUUGUUAAUGGCCAACCAAGACCCCUUGAAUCAAGUCAGGUGAAAUACCUUCGUCGAGAACUGAUAGAGCUUCGAAAUAAAGUGAAUCGCUUAUUGGAUUGCUUAGAGCCACCUGGAGAACCAGGCCCCUCUACCAGUAUUCCUGAAAACGAUGCUGUGGAUGGCAGGGAAGAGAAGCCUGCUGCUUCUGAUUCUUCUGGAAAACAGUCUACUCAGGUUAUGGCAGCAAGUAUGUCAGCUUUUGAUCCUUUGAAAAACCAAGAUGAAAUCAACAAAAAUGUCAUGUCAGCAUUUGGAUUAACAGAUGACCAGGUUUCAGGGCCACCCAGUGCUCCAGCAGAAGACCGCUCUGGAACUCCUGACAGUAUUGCUUCUUCCUCCUCAGCAGCGCACCCGCCGGCAGUUCAACCACAGCAGCCUCCAUAUACAGGAGCUCAGACACAAGCAGGUCAGAUUGAAGGUCAGAUGUACCAACAAUACCAGCAGCAGGCUGGCUACGGUGCACAGCAGCCUCAGGCUCCUCCUCAACAGUACGGUAUUCAGUAUUCAGCUAGUUACAGCCAGCAGACUGGACCCCAACAACCUCAGCAGUUCCAGGGAUAUAGCCAACAACCAACUUCCCAGGCACCGGCUCCUGCCUUUUCUGGUCAACCACAACAACUGCCUGCUCAACCACAACAGUACCAGACGAGCACUUAUCCUGCACAAACGUACACUACCCAAACAUCUCAACCUGCUAAUUAUACUGUGCCCCCUGGUGCUCAGCCUGGAAUGGCUCCAAGCCAACCUGGUGCUUACCAACCCAGACCAGGUUUUACACCAUCUCCUGCAGGUACCAUGACCCCUCCUUCUAGUGGGCCUAACCCUUAUGCACGUAACCGUCCUCCUUUUGGUCAGGGCUAUACCCAACCUGGACCCGGUUAUCGAUAAGGAGGUUCAGCUACACUAUUGAUGGCUAAUUGCCUCCCAAAAGACUACAAUACUAUUUUGUUUCAAUUUGUACUGUAUUGAAGUUCAAAAAUUUAAAAAGCAGAGCAAUUUUUAUGAUAUCGCUGUUGCUGUUAAUUGAAAAUUUAAUUUGCUGGAAUACAAACACAAAAAGACCAAAAUGAACAUUGUUUCCUCCCCUGCUUAAAAUUGUAGCAGCUUCCUAGUUAUUUUGGAACACUAUUGCGUGUAAAAUGAUUGGCUUUCUAGUUCCCAGAGGAUAUUAAAAAGCUAGGCUAAGGUUUAGCCAUCACACUUGGCUAUUUACUAUUAACAUGAUGUACUAAAAGUAGAGCCCUUUGAGAAGACGACUAGACAUUAUGUAUAAAUGUAACAUUGAUAGGCUAAUAAAGGUGAUUGAAUCCAA